AUGGAGUCCUCGGCAGAAGAAACCAUCGCCCUCGCAAACCAGAUCAGCCAGCUCGCAAACAAUGUCGUCUCUGCGCGAGAUCCCAUGUCGAGAAAACAGCAGACGGCGGAGCUGGUCAUGCAAGCAAAGCAGCUGAUCUGGCAAGUUCAGGAUCCCUUCGAUGCAAUCAUGGAUCACAUUGUCAAUGGAUACACCAUUGCAACAUGUCUUGCCUGUUCCAAGCUCGGUGUCUUCGAAGCGAUCCCUCCAACAGGUACUGCCACAGCAAAGGAAGUUGCGGAGAAAUGUGAUGCACCUGAAGAACUCAUCAUCCGUCUGAUGCGUCAGUUGACUUGUGUCAAUAUUUUCAACGAGGUUCAACUCGGUGUAUGGGCCCACAAUAGGCUUUCCAUCAUGCACAGUGAGCAUGCCGGGGCUAUGAGUGGCAAGUGGCUCUACUCUGUGUCGCUUGAUGAGAUGGCACCAGCAAUGUAUCGCCUGAACCAUUACCUUAACCGCUUCGGCACUCACACCAUCCUCGACACCUACACAGAAACACCGCAUUCCUGGUACUACAACAUGGUGGGCAAAAACUUUUGGGAGGUUCUGAAUUCGUCCCCUGGUCGUCUGGAGAACUUCAUUCGAGGUCUGGGGCUCUUUGACGCUCUUCACCCCGUGCUGGCCAUGUACCCCUUCGAGGAUGCCCUGCGACCAGGCAACUCACCAGAUCGUCCGCUUAUGGUCGACAUAGGUGGUGGCAGAGGCCUUGCGCUGCUUGAGAUAAGAAAAGGUUGCCCCAGUCUCCAAGGCGAAUUGAUACUACAAGAUCGUCCCUGUGUGCUUGACGACAUCUCCCCGGAGGACUUACCUGGAGUCACCAAAAUGCCACACAACUUCUUCGAGGAGCAACCUGUCAAGAACGCACAAAUGUACUACAUCCGUCGCGUCUUGCAUGAUUGGCAAGAUAAAGAUGCCGUACGGAUUUUGAGAUCAAUCAUACCUGCCAUGGCGGAAGACAGCCGCAUUAUCAUCUCCGACAUGGCAAUUCCUGAGCCAGUCACCUUGAGAGAUGCCGGAGCGAUCUGGCUGGACCUGAUGAUGAUGAGCAUCGGAGGCAAGGAGAGAACUGUGGACGGCUGGGCGAAGCUCGGCGAGAUGAGUGGUCUGACCCUUGUGGGCGUGUAUCAGGACACGGAGAGAUUAGGACCGCUCUGCGUGGUGGAAUAUGUGCUUCCCGAAAACAAUGACAAGCAACAUGAGAAUGGUAAAACCGACGGCAGCUCAAAUCAGACUGAGAUGGACACUCCCCGACUGCCCAUCUAUGAGCCAUGUGAGCCUGAUGAGACGGAGCUCGAGCCACUGGAGCCACGGGAUGUCGACUGGGAGGAACGAACUGUGUUUGGCGACAGAGAGCAGAGUCUAGGUCCCAACCAGGCUUGA